AUGAUGGGUCCUCAACAGACUUUUUCGCGCGCCCUGGUAGUCAUUAUGGCCAUUCUGCUCAUUAUUAUACUUAUGCCGACCGCAAGAGUGUCUGCUGCUCCAAAUUACCGAGUACCUGCACACUACUCGGGGGAGGCCCAGAAGUUGGCAGACCCAACUUAUGGCCCCAUCCCUGGCCAGUCAGACCACUACAACUACUACUGGGGCAUUGAGAGGCCAUUUCCCGGUAACAUCACUGAUCCGAUCUUCCCGACGGAAAAUGGUCCUCCAGCUCCCAAUGACUACACCUGGCAAAACUUGUUGUCUGCAGAAUGGGUCAUCUUCGAGUUCUACCAGCAGGGAGUUGAGACCUUCACAGACGAGGAUUUCAUCAAGGCUGGCCUACCGAACAACACUCGCCGUCGCUUGAUGGAAAUUCGCAACAACGAGGCAGGCCAUCUUCGCAUCUUCCAAAACCAAAUCUCCCCUCGGUCGAUCAAACCCGGUCCCUGCAAGUACAAGUUCCCGUUGGAUGAUCCCAUUAAAUACCUGGCAUUCAUGACAGUCUUGGAGAUUUCGAGCAUGGUGUUUUUGACCGGCCUGGUUCAACAGCCGGAGCUCAACGUGCACAAAAGCGCCAUGGUCGCAAUUGCGGCCACUGAAGCCCGUCAUGAGACCUGGGCGCUGUUGGAUAUCUGGAAGGAGAACCCGUUUGGCGGACCCACGGACACAAUGUUCCCUUACGCCAACCAAAUCUUAUAUACUACCAACGCCAUCAUUGUGCCAGGUAGCUGUCCCCCUGAAAAUCCGGAGUAUCCUCGUCCUCACCAGCGGCUACCAUUCCUCUCAGCGGCGAAAGACACCAAGAGCUUGGCUCCGGGAUCAGUUGUUCGUCUCAACUUCACAGAUCCGAACAACCAACCUCACUUCCACCCUGGCAUUCAGUACUAUGCGGUGUUCUUCCAUGGCCUUCUGAAUAUCAGCAUGCCUAUCGAUACAAAGCACUGGCCAAAGAAGGACAUUGCUAUCACCAUCCCACCGGAGUUUGAGACCAAGGGAGUUAUCGUUGCCCUCGUUGCUAAUACGCCUGGGGCUCCUACAUUUGACACUGUUGUCGCUGGCCCUGCUGUCAUUCUGAACCAACCUGUACACCUGGGUCCAGCCCUGCUCUGA